ACAAACGCACUCCGCCGCAGCACGGGAGAGGCAGCCGUAGAAAGAAAGGCAGUCGGCCACCCAGCGAGCCGCUUGGACAGGCCAAAUACAAGAGACGAUAGCGGUACUACACGAGACAUAAAGUUCUGCGUACGCUUGCCGUGUGUGUGUUACGGCUCUGGAGGUUUGAGAUCGCUCCUGGCCUCGGACCGAGCCGCGGAGUUUGAAGGGUCGUGAGAAGCAGCGCAUUGACGUUGACCUGAUCUAUCAUUCCGGCAUGUGAGACCCUCCGACGAGAUGAAUGAAUUGAUUCACGUCAAUCCUCUGAAGUAUCCACCGACAGGAAGCGCGAAACCACAGCUGCAACGAGCGGGUUACAAAUGGAUCGCACACAUAAGAGGCGGUCCGAAACGCGUGAAUCACUCAGCUGUACUAGUCGGUGAUACUAUAUUCGUAUUCGGUGGGUUUUGUACCGGCGGGAACUACUUCUCCGCGGAGCCAAUCGACGUUUUCAAAUUGAACACGCAAACUCUACAGUGGCAAAGUGUCGAGUCACCGGCCGAACUCUCGAAAAAUGUGCCUUUUAUGAGGUAUGGCCAUGCGGUUGUCGCCCACGGCAAUCAAGUCUAUCUAUUUGGAGGGCGGAACGAUAAAGGCGCCUGCAACAAGCUCUACAGAUUCGACACAACCACCUACCAGUGGAGCCUCAUCCCGACGACGGGAUGCAUUCCAGGCCCGCGGGACGGUCAUACAGCGUGCCUCAUUGGCUCAUCGAUUUACGUGUUCGGCGGCUUCGAAGAAAUCGAUAAUUGUUUCUCCAACGACAUCUUCGCGCUUGAUCUGAAUACUUUCACUUGGUCUUUUGUCGAGUACAAAGGCACGCCUCUAUCGCAUCGCGACUUCCACUCUGCCUGCGCGAUCGGCACUCGUAUGUACAUAUUCGGCGGCCGAGGAGAUCUUGAUGGGCCUUUCCAUACGGAUGUCGAAAUCUACUGCAAUCGUCUCGCGUACUUUGACACCGAAACUCUCCGUUGGUGCUAUCCUGAAAAGCGUGGUGACAUUCCUCCGGGAAGACGCAGUCAUUCUGCUUUCGUAUACAAUGGAGAACUGUACAUCUUCGGCGGCUACGAAAGCAACAAGAAGCUGCAUUACGGGAACAUGUACUGCUUUAAUCCCAAAACCGAAGUCUGGCGCGAAUUCCCCAUCAAUGUAGGACGGACAGGACCGCCCCGAGCGCGGCGACGACACGCUUCUAUUAUCGCGGGGAGCCGUUUAUUCAUAUUCGGAGGAACGUCACCAAUGAACGAUUUGGAGAGGGCUGCAUAUCUCAAGUCCGAAAAAUCUACGGAAACUGAUUGCUUGCAGGACUUGAAGGAUUUCCUGACGGACCACGACGAUUUGCACGUUCUCGACUUCAGUCCCACCUUGCAAACGCUCUGUUUGGACGCUGUCAUCGAAUAUGAGCUGAAUACGAGCUUCCUGCCGAACUCUCUGCAGACCAAGAUCCGACAGAUUACCUCUGACAGCCUGUUAGCCUACCACCACCGUGACAGAUAUUUCGCGACGAGAUGAUGCCGGCACGGUCUCCUCUGACCUUGUUGUUGGCGAUUCUUCUAAUUAAAUGGAUACAUGUAGAUACCCAGGAGCUAAUUGUUGUCUAUGAGGACAGUGAUGUCCUGGUAGCGGUAUUAAUCAGGUAUAACACAAGCCGUGAAUUUGUAUGUAUCGUGCUGUCACUUUUCCCGAAGGCUUUAUUUGAGUGCUAUGACGCAGCCCACAAUGACAUCGAGCGGUGCCGGACGAUUCUGCGAUUUCCGUUUCCUGCCACCGGGAGCGAUAAACGCGACCGGUCGGCUUGAAUGGAUUCAGGGACAGGUCACGGGAGUCGGAUCAAGGAGGCGGAGUUCCGUAGUCCCCUAAGUUGACGAAAAAGGCUUCCGUCUUCUGUGAUUCAUGGUGAUUUUCGGUACACGUUGAUGAGGCUAAGAGACCUGGAUGCCCCCGGAUCCCGGGGGCGAGAAAGACAGGGCAUCGAUUCCGGAAGUCAGAGGAAAACUGAAGUCAAGUCGAGUUGGAAAUCACGAGAUAGUGCAAAAUGGGAGAGGGAAGUACGCCCGGGAGUACUCCAAUGCACGGGGAGAGGAGU